AUGUCUUUAGCAUUGGAUGAGAAGACUUUAGAGAGCGUUGCCAACAAUGGCGAGAUGGAAUACGAUAAGUGGCCCUCGAUCAUUGAACCAUUGCUCGAGCGACUGAACCAGAUUGUCUAUACGGAGUUUCCCAUGCCGCGACCCUAUCCAUCCAUGAACAGACCGCCUCGACAAUCGUCACCCUCUCAAACACAACUGACUUCUGCACGAGACUCCAACUCAGCCUUACAAACACCAACCACGCCCGUCCGAAAUUUACCUCCUGUUCCUCCUUUCUCACAUUCAUCGGCGACUCCUGUCAGCCAUGUUCCCGAUUCUCUCCCUCCCUCACAAGACCCGGUGGCCGAGUCUUUGAAUGAGCUGCCGGCGCUCCUGCUCCAAAUGCUCAACAGUGUUACACAUACUCUACGUUCCACCUUCUCCGAACGGCCGCCUCAUACGAUUCAACGACUGGCAGAGCUAGUUUUACACCCUACCGAACAUUACAAAACCCUUCCAGCAUGGCUGCGGGCGAUGGACCGAGUGGUGAGCGUGAGCAGUUCUGCAGAUAUCUUUCCAUUCUCUGAUACACCGCCUAUGGUGAACGGCGUCAAUGGGGAUGGUGGAGGUGGUAUUCUAUGGAAUAAUACUGACACUCGUAAUGGCUACGACAGUAAUUCUCUGGGGAGUGACGAAAGUUUGGGUGGGGCUCUCCUUACUCCCAUACCGUGGUUGCGAAAUGGAGUGACCGGCAGUGAGGAGGAUUCGAGUGAAGAUUCCACGCAAUUGGAUUCCAAUAACAGCACGAGUACAGAUGAUCUGGGUGAGCCAAUCAGGACAUCUGCCCCUCAGGGUGACCGGGAUCCCCUCGUGCCGGAAAGAGCAGACGGCGCCGUCACGCAAGGGGAAUUGAUGCGAAUGGAACAAGAGGCCAGUGUGGUAUCCUUGACGCCAAAUCCUCAAGACAGAAAUGCGACCAGAACCGUGGCUGGUACCGAAGAAGGACUUUUCAUGGAUGACGGAGAUCUCGUCCCCCACGCUCGAGGACCCGACCUUGUAGGGCCAGUGGACAUGGGUCGAGUUGGUGGGCAAGAUGUCGAGAUACACAUUAGCAGCCACCUUGGGGCCGGAGAAGGGCAUGUUUCAGAUCCAAAUGAUGCACAGACCGUCCUUCCAGGACCGGAUAAUCUGGUCGCAGCCACUGAGACAUCGGCUCCCACCUCGGCCGCCGACUCCGAGGAUUUCAAAAUUGUCCUUAAGGAUACUACAGAAGGUGGUGAAGCCGAUGCGAUGCAGCUUGACGAGAACGAUAACAAUGACAAGACAGAACAGAAGCCGACUGAAGAGCAAGAUGGUGAUAUUGUUCUUGUGGAUACAGAUGGGAAAACUGAGGACAAGGCUGCCGCCAAGGCUAACAUUUCGGGUGCUAGUUCUAGGGCUGACGCUGUGGAUUCCUCCACCGUGACUUGA